AUGGUCUCCUUCUACCGCCUGCAUCCCUUACAAGACCCCGAGGACCUCGCACGCAGGCUGCGAGCAGCUUGGGAACCCCUGGGGGUGCUGGGACGCGUCUACGUAGCAAGAGAAGGAAUCAACGCGCAGGUGUCUGUCCCCGACAACAUGCUCGAGCUGUUCAAGCAGACUGUCACCGCCCACAGCGAGCUCGACGGCGUAUACUUGAACUGCGACGAGCCUCUCAGCAAGGAGUACGCUCCUUUCAGCAAGCUGCAGAUCAAACCUCGCAAGCACGUGCUAGCCGAUGGCCUUCCAAGGUCUCUCGACUGGAGAGAAAAUGGUGCGAAGUUGUCGCCAGCAGAGUGGCACUCCAAGGUAGAGCAGCUGAACAAGGAGGAGGAGGGCGCGAAGCCGAUCCUGAUCGACAUCCGCAACUUCUACGAGAGCGAGGUCGGACUGUUCAAGGGGGCAAAGGCGCUGGACACGGUGACGUUCAGAGACACGUGGGAUGCGCUGAAGGAGACGCUCAAGGGGGUGAGCAAGGAGAAGGAGAUUCUGACCUACUGCACGGGUGGAAUCCGAUGCGAGAAGGCCAACGCCUACAUCAUCCAGGAGUUGGGCUACAAGAACGUGAGCGCUCUGAGAGGAGGGAUAGUCAACUACGCGCAAUACGUGAAAGAGAAACAUAACUCGAGCAGGUCGCAGUUCUUGGGAGUGAAUCACGUAUUCGACCAGCGGCUCGGACAGCGAGUGGGAGAAGAAGUUCUCUCAAGAUGCAUCAACUGCGGUUGCUCAUCGGACGUGCAGACUGACUGUGCCAACACUCACUGCCCUCGUCCCUUCGCUCGUCGCCGGUACAUCCAGUGUCAGGAGUGUGCGAUCCGGCAAGACGGCUGCUGCUGCUCUGAAUGUGCGGACGAGAAGAAAGCGAGGGAACAGCGAGACGAGACUCAACGAAGACUCGAGGAGCUGCAGGUGUCCCUUCGCAGAGAAUUGCGAUCGCGAAAGAAAUCCAAAGACACGGCGGCGGAAGCAGCGGAGGAGGAGGAGCAACGACUCGCGGCCUUGUGA